AGGGAAGAGAGGGAAGAGAGGGAAGAGAGGGAAGUGGCCGCUGCCUUAUUUUGCUUAUGGGAACUCACGGCUUUGGCCGCUGAGAACGUCCCAACUUACUCCAACCCACAAAAAGGACCCAACCCACAGACCUGUCAUCGGAAAGGCCUGCUAUCACCGCUUGUCUCCAUCUCCAUAUCGUCUUCGUUGCAACGUCCGAUAUACCCUCGUUUGCAAACAUCACAACGUCAUCUGCCGGCCUAUACGAUAUUCCCACGCCGGAACGUGGCUUUCUCUCGGUUUAGAUAGAAUAGAUAUAGACGCUUUCCGACGCAUACUACAACUUAUAUAAUCCACGUAGCGCACGACGAUGCUCCGGUUCGACGACUGCUUCUGGGGCACUGGCGAGGAUGCCACCGCCGGCGUGCGCGCUCUGCACACUGUGUUCCUGCAGCACCUUGCGGAAGUCGAGGACAUGCUGAACAUGGUCAAGCUCCGCGUGAAGGGCGAGGAAAGCUAUUCGAUGAACCUUCUGGAGCUCGGCCGUCACAGCGGCUCCAUGUCCAUGGGCAAUCCUUCAGUAUCUGCGAUUCUUGAUCGGGAGGGACCAAGUCGCCGCAACUCGAGAGCUUCCACGCCCGCUAUUGCCGCAGGAAACAUGAUCGGCGCCGGCAACGAAAAGAGCAAGCUGUCGUUGAACAACAUUGCACAAGGACUUGGAAACGCUGCCGCUAUGCUUCAAUCGGCUGCCGCUGCAUCAGGUCUGCCCGGAACUUCUGGUUGGACCAUGACGGCCGAACCGGAGAGCGACACAAGCACUGUUGGUCCCAUUGUCGACCAGUCCAGUGUGUUGCCAGUCAUACGGACGAUGAGAGAGCAGUACGUCGCCAUGGCCGCCGCACAUCGUCGUCACGCCGACACCCUCACCCUUGCGGUGAUCUCGCCCUUACAAGCCUUCGUUGAGCAACAUCGCAGGUCGAUGAUCAAGAAGAAGAGCGAGGUGGACAGCAACCACCAACAACUUACACGUCUCGCUGCGGAUAUCGAAGCUCGUCACGCCGUUUACAUUCAGAAAUGCAAAAUUGCGGAAGAGGAGGACAAAAAAUUCAGGGAAGAUGGGGAACAGAGGGCUUGCGCUCCUUCGUCGGCACCUGUCAUGGUCGGCAGCCGAUCCGUUGGACCAAACGAGUUUCAACGACUCGUAGAGACAAUGAGGAAGGAAGUCCGCACGAAAAGCAUCAUGACGGAAGUCGGUCUCUUUGAAGGCUGCUUUACCGGGGAAGACGCAUUGGACUACCUCAAGAAGCGAUACCCCGGAGUUCCCCGCAACGAUUUGAAGUCUGUGUGUCAGGAGAUCCUCGGCAGGCGGUUGAUGUCCGUUCUCGUCGGUCCCAACGAUCGUCAGUUCAAUCCCGAGCUCCCAUAUCAAUUCGGCCGGCCCGUGCUGAAAUCCGGUGAACCGCCACACGUCAAAGCUCGCAAGGACUCUGAGGUCGCCCGUCUUGACUACGAUUCGGCCAUUAAAACCGCAGAACAUACCCGCAGCGCUUUGGAGUUCCAUAUCACGGAUUACCUCGUUUCGGCACAGGAGGCUGAACGCUAUCGAUUGAAGGUCUGCAAGGAAGCGGCCUUCGCGCUGGAAAGUGCGCAAGUAUUUGUCCUGAGCGAAAACACACUCUCGUGGAGGCCGCCAGCUCUUGUUGACGCCCAGCUUGAGGCCGAGAAGAAUGGACAAACAGAAUCAGGGCCACCCACCACUUUGCUAGUGUCCCCUGACCCCAAAGAAGGCGUGCAGUACAUUGCCCGCACCCAUCGUACCGGUCACCUCCGAUCGAAGCCAUUCGUCUUUGAAUCGUACACCAGCGGCCGAGCGCCCCACCAAGUCUUUGGCAUCAGCCUCGAAGAGCUCUCCCGAGCCACCAACGCUUCCAUCCCGCCCAUGGUCCGCAAAUGUGUCAGCUCACUGUACGAGAGCUUCACCACCGGCCGCUCGGUCGUCGACAACUGGAUCCUUCCCAACCCGGAUUUGCCAUCCGUCCAGUUCCUGAGGCUCGAGUUCAACUCAUCCCCACGAGCCAGCCGGGUCACGACAACCGCUCUGAGGAGGUACCAGCCACCUGUCGUUGCGGGAGUUCUGAAACUGUACUUGGUGGAGGCGCCUGUCAGUCUGUGUAGCUACGACACUUAUGAGACGUUGAGGACGCUGUAUUCGGAUGAUUUUACGACGGUUGAGGAUGCGAUUCGGAUCAAGUCUAUUGUUUCUUUGUUGAAGACGUUGUCUGCGCCGCAUUAUGAGACGUUGAAGCUGUUCACAGGAUACCUGCAUGAAUUGAUCAAACCCCUGGAGCAAUCCGACGAACGCAUCACCCGCCUAGCCUACUCCAUCGCCCCCUGCAUUCUCCGCCCAAAAACCGAAACCUCCGAAACCCUGCAAGACCAACACCCCUGGCGCUUCUCAUUGGAGCUCAUGGUCCGCUACACCGACUUCUUCGGCCAGCUCGACACAUCGACUCUGAUCAUCGAAGAUGCCGACCUUCCGCCCUCCCCGGAGCCCGAGGAAGACGUGCAGGACGAGGAUGCCCUUACAAAAGUCCCCUCCGCGACCACGCUCGCCACCUCGACUACCACAGCGUCGCCCGGCUCGCCCGACAACUCAACACCGACCCCGCCCGCAACGCCCCCGUUGAGGGAACCCGUCAGCAACAAACGGCAAGGCUCGUGGUUGCUCCGCACCCUCAACACCGCAAGCAACAGCGAUUUGAGCAAAGCCGUCAAGGGAGAAAAGAAACCCGCUGCGCCGAAACCAGCACCGGGGGACACCCGCCCGUCUCGUCCGGCUACCCGCGUGGAAGAACGCCUCACGGGCGCGGUAUCGAAAGCGAAAGCGAGGCCGAUAAAUUCGGCCAGGAGUAAAUCUCGGACGCGAAAACCUGCUGUGAAGAAAGUUGUUCCGGUACCUGCAUCCCCCGUCGUUGAGUCAUCCGUCGAGGCACCCCAAAUCCCCUCAACGGACAAGAAACCCCUCCUAGAUCGCGAAAUCACCCCAACCGCAACGACCCACGAUUCAUCAUCCCCCCUCCACAAAUCCUCCUCCCUAACCUCCCUAACCUCCAUCUCCACCUCCGCCAAAUCCCUCUUCGGCACCUUCUUCGGCAGCCGGGAAGCGGAACACGUCGCCGUUGUGCAGGAGGAGGAAGAUGCUGACCAGGCGUCGGAUGAUGAUGACCACGCUGCCGGUGUUUCCCGAUCGGCCGGUGAGAAGCAGAAGCAGCCGGAGAUCCUUAUGCAGGCUGUUGAAUCCCCCUCCGCUGUAGUCCCGGAGGCGGAGGAACUCCACGCAACCACCGAAGAACAUGAACUCCCCACGGAAGGUCUCGCCUACGAACAGGAGGAGAGCGUGGCGGGUACAGAGACGGAGGUGGAAUACGAGGAAGAAGUCGAGUACAUCGACGGCGAGGAAGAAGAAGUCGUUUACGAAGACGAUCCGGAACACUACGAUGAGGAGGGGAAUUACAUUGGCCCUCACAUCGAAGAAGGCGAAUUGGAACACGUUGAGGAGGGAGAGGAAGAGGUCGUCUACGCCGAAUCCUCCACCUACGACGACACCACCUCCCACUACGAGGACGGAGAGGAGGGCUUGGAGGAGGGAGAGGAAUACGUCGAGGGCGAGGAAGAGGAAGGGUAUGAGUAUGCUGAGGGCGAGGUGGAGUAUGUUGAGGAGGGGGAGUAUGUGGAGGGAGAGUAUGAGGAGGAGACAGAGGUUGUUGUUGAGGACGGUGAGCAUGCGGAGUAUGAGGAAGAGGUGCAUGUGGAGGGUGCUGAGGGAGAGGACCAGCAGGCGCCGGCUCAGUCGGAGUUGGCGGAGAAUUCGGGGUUGUUCCCGAGUAGUGAGCAGGAGAUGAAUGAGUACCUUCAGUGGGGAUGAGUGAUGUGGGAUACAUAGUAGGUAGGACAGGAUGUACAUGUAGAGGACUUUGGACAUGGCGUAAAGUUUAGCGUAGUUGGCGUAAUUUGUAAGGAUGUAAGAUAUGACGUAGAAUAUAACGUAGAGAACAUUGAAAUAGCA